AUGGUUGUUUCCGACGUCUUGGCUGCUUGGGAGGAAUGCUCCAAGAUAGACACGCUCUUUAUUCUUAUAUGCUGUGUAUUCUGCUGGUUAAUUAUCCCCGCCGUUGGCCUCGGUUACUCAGGGUAUUCGAUCCAUCGUAACGGGCUUGCAUCUUUCUAUCCCAGUCUCCUGGUCAUUGCUGUCUGCUCUAUCCAAUGGUGGAUCAUUGGAUACUCGAUAGCAUAUGGGACCGGGGGCGGCAUCAUGGGGGGCUUUGAUAAAGCUUUUCAUGUUGGCGUUCUUGCAAACCCAGUAGGCUCAAUUCCAGAGAUUCUGUUCUCGGAAUUCCAGCUCAUCUUUUGCGCUACGGUGUGCGUCAUCUCUAUUGGCGGCGCCUGUGAGCGAGGAAGGAUGCUUCCGUUGAUUCCCUUUAUUUUUCUCUGGUGCACCUUCGUCUAUGCACCACUUGCGCAUAUGGUCUGGUCCGAUACUGGAUUCCUCGGUGCUAUCGGGGUUCUUGAUUUUGCGGGUGGAACACCUGUUCAUAUCUGCAGUGGAGCGUCAGCGUCAGCCUUGAGCAUUUAUUUGUCACAUCCUCUUUUUCGAUCACGGCGAUCUGCUUCUCGUACGCCACAACAUUUGAAGCUUCAUCGGCCACACAAUAGCAUGUGCCAGCUUUUAGCUCUGAUGAUCAUAUGGAAUGCUUGGCUUGCUUUUGAUGCUGGCACAACCCUCGCGCUCAACUUCAAGAGUAUCAUGACCGCAGUGGUGACCAACAUCUGUGCCUCGUCGGGUGCGUUGACUUGGGCUCUUAUCACGUUCUGGGAAACUCGAAAAUGGAGUCUCGACAGCACCUUCAUGGGGGCGAUUGCCGGCCUGGUCAUGAUCACUCCAAGUGCUGGCUUCGUUAACAUGACAACCGCGUUUUUCUUCGGAAUCGCGGGUGCAGUAAUUUGCCGGCAGGCACUGCGAAUUAAGUUCACGAAGGUGGCAGCUCGUUGGCGAUGGGUGGACAAUGGAGAUACAUUUGCAACACAUUGCAUCGGUGGACUGGUGGGUACUAUAGCCACUGGUUUGUUCGCCCGACAAGAUGUUGCUGCAUACGACGGUGUCACAGAAAUACUCGGUGGAUGCAUCUUUGACGGAAACUGGAAUCAACUUGGAGUUCAGGUUCUUGAGGCCAUUGUUGGGUUUUCCUGGAGCUUCACUGGUAGCUAUGCCCUCUUUGCACUGAUUGAUUGCAUCCCUGGCCUAGAGGUUUUGGCUACAGAUAGUGAGAUUAUUUCGGGAAUGGAUGCCUCGCAAAUGGGCGAAUCACUUCACGAGGCGCAGUGGGCUGAAGAGGAAGACUAUUACCCAUUUUCAGAACGAUGUCGGCUAGACUAA